UUUCGAGGAUGGCGGCGCGCAAGGGUCGGCGGCGCACGUGUGAAACCGACGAACCCAUGGAGGCCGAGUCCCGCGACGCAGGGUCCGAGGGCCCGGCUCAGGUCUACCUGCCCGGCCGGGGACCGCCGCUGCGCGAAGGAGAGGAGCUGGUCAUGGACGAGGAGGCCUACGUGCUGUACCACCGAGCGCAGACCGGCGCCCCCUGUCUCAGCUUUGACAUAGUCCGGGAUCACCUGGGAGACAAUCGCACAGAGCUUCCUCUUACACUUUACCUGUGUGCUGGGACCCAGGCAGAGAGCGCCCAAAGCAACAGAUUAAUGAUGCUUCGGAUGCACAAUCUGCAUGGAACCAAGCCCCCACCAUCAGAGGGCAGUGAGGAAGAGGAGGAAGAAGAUGAAGAGGAUGAAGAAGAGCGGAAGCCUCAGCUGGAGCUGGCUAUGGUGCCCCACUAUGGUGGCAUCAACCGAGUUCGGGUAUCUUGGCUGGGCGAGGAGCCGGUGGCUGGGGUAUGGUCAGAGAAGGGCCAGGUGGAGGUGUUUGCACUGCGGCGGCUUCUGCAGGUGGUUGAUGACCCCCAGGCCCUGGCAGCCUUCCUCCGGGACGAGCAGGCUCGUGUGAAACCUAUCUUCGCCUUCGCUGGCCAUAUGGGCGAGGGCUUUGCACUGGACUGGUCCCCCCGUGUGCCCGGGCGCCUGCUGACUGGUGACUGUCAGAAAAAUAUCCACCUCUGGACGCCUACGGAUGGUGGCUCCUGGCAUGUAGACCAGCGGCCAUUUGUGGGCCACACACGCUCCGUGGAGGACCUGCAGUGGUCCCCGACCGAGGACACGGUGUUCGCCUCCUGCUCAGCUGAUGCCUCCAUUCGAAUCUGGGACAUCCGGGCAGCCCCCAGCAAGGCCUGCAUGCUCACCACCGCCACCGCCCACGAUGGGGAUGUCAAUGUCAUCAACUGGAGCCACCGGGAGCCCUUCCUGCUCAGCGGUGGGGAUGAUGGGGCCCUCAAGGUCUGGGACCUGCGGCAGUUCAAGUCUGGCUCCCCGGUGGCCACCUUCAAGCAGCACGUGGCCCCUGUGACCUCCGUUGAGUGGCACCCCCAGGACAGUGGGGUCUUCGCAGCCUCGGGUGCAGACAACCAGAUCACACAGUGGGACCUGGCAGUGGAGCGGGACCCUGAGGCCGGCGACCUGGAGACGGAGCCCGGGCUGGCGGACCUCCCCCAGCAGCUGUUGUUUGUGCACCAGGGCGAGACAGACCUGAAGGAGCUGCACUGGCACCCGCAGUGCCCCGGGGUCCUGGUCAGCACCGCGCUGUCGGGCUUCACCGUCUUCCGCACCGUCAGUGUCUGAGGCAGUCUGGCAGCACCUGGCCUGGCCUUGCACUUGGGAACUGAGGUUGAAGUUGGUUCCCCUGGAAGGGACUCACUCAGACCUGUUGACCAGGCCCCCUCCAUAGGAAGGAAGGACUUCCCGCUCCUUGGCCACCAUGAUGGAUUCUGUUCGACUUGGUCUUUGAAAGGACUUGGUUGGUCCGGUGACCCCUCUUGCCAAAGGAUGUGGUCUGAGCCAUAGCUCUAAAACCACUCUGACCAGAGGACUUGGUUGGCUCAUGGCCCUCCAAGACCACUGGGUUUCACUCCAGUGAGCCCACCCACCCAAAGACUUGGUUUAGCCCAUUGACACCCCCACUUCAGAGGACUCCGUUAGCCCAUCUGGAAGGUUGCCUGGUGUGGCCGGAGUUGCUGUGGAUUUUGUGUCAGCUGUGGCUCUUGGCUUGACCUUUUGACCUCAGCAGGAUCAGGUUUUGCCCCUCUCUUCCCGCCACCUGGGUUUGGCCAGGGCUCCCCAGUGCGGGGCUGUGUGGGCCUCCUCCCCUCUGUGCUGAAGGCCGGCACUGUGGAGGGAGGCAGGUCGGGGCGGAGACAAUAAAGAACAGA